AUGCAACCCUAUGCAUCCCUGUUCAUUCAACCCCUGGUGGAAAUUAUCAAUCGACAGAACGCACCCAAGACCCUACACGAAAAUGCGGGUAAGAAUGACGUGGGAGUGUCACACGAUCGUUUGUAUUUCUCGCAAAAUAUGUGCAGUACUUUUGGUCACGUUGCUUUUCCCGACUACAACGAAAAACCACAAAUUCUUCAGAAGGAGCAUCUGUUCGGUUUAAUACUGUUUGGCGCAGCUCCUGUGGGAUCACUCAUUCAGGAUUGA